AUGUUACCAUAUGCUUUAUUGGGAUACCGCACGACUAUUAGAACAUCAAUUGGAGCCACUCCAUAUUUGCUAGUAUACGGAACAGAAGAAGUCAUACCUGCUGAAGUCGAGAUAUCGUCUUUGAGAAUUAUCCAAGAAGCUGAGUUGAGUAACAGUGAAUGGAGUAUGGUUCGUGCAUUUCACAAGAGAGUAAGAGCCAGAAAUUUUGAGGUUGGUCAGUUGGUCCUUAAGCGUAUUUUUCCUUAUCAAGACGAGUACAAAGGAAAGUUCGCACCGAACUGGCAAGGGCCUUACGUGGUUCGCAAAGUAUUAUCUGGAGGUGCUUUGGUCCUGUCGGAGAUGGAUGGCACUGUAUGGACUAAACCUAUCAACUCAGAUGCUGUCAAGAGAUACUACAUGUGA